CUGUCUAUUGUGACUCAGCACCACCAUUAAGUCAUCUUACCACGUGGUCUACACGUGGCAGUUACAGUCACCAGUGGGAAACAAUACCACCCAACAAAGGCGGCGCCCUUGGUUGUCGUUUUCCAUAAACAGGCAGACUCCGAGGACACGUGUCCCCUGAAAGCAUUCUAGAAACCGAAGUUGACACCAAUAUAUAAUAUAAAAUGCUGGGCUCGAAUCCCAUUGACUUAUGAAAUCUUCCAGAACGUGGUUUUAGAACACCAGGAGCUGAAUGAGACCCGGGACUCAAAUCUGAGGAAAAAAAACCGUGUGGAACAAGGGACCUAUUGAUAUAUAAAUGUGCUCUCUGGGAAGCUGAGCAUCAUUAAGGGUUUAACGAUGGCCAAAUACAGUCCAGACAACGGUGUGCAUGUUGGUUACAGCGUGGAUGAUGGGAUGGAUCAGGUGAAGAUGGAUGAACGACUGCCUCUCUUGCAGGAGGCUGAUCUCAGAGAUAAGAUCGUUCUUCUUAGAGUCGAUCACAAUGUCGUCAAAAAAGGGAAAAUACUAGAUCAGUACAGGAUUGAUGUAACUCUGCCAACUAUGUACAACAUAGUGGAGCGUGGGGGAAGGCCCAUUAUCAUGAGCCAUAUUGGACGACCAUAUGACAAGAAGACUAAAACCCUCUCAAUACGCCAGGAUGAAUCUGUGGAUGCUAUUGUUGCAUAUUUGCAGCGCAAGCUGCGCAUCAAGUUUGCAGUUCCCAAGUUCAAUGCUACUGAGAAAGAUGGAAUUUUGGACAUUGAUACCUCCAUUAAUUGGCUGAUCCAUGACCUCAAGACUAGAAAGAUUGGUGGAAUCUACAUGCCCAAUACUCGGUGGUUUGCGGGAGAGGAAGAUAAAGGAGAAAAGCUUGAAAGGUUUGUCAUUCAGCUUUCUGCUCUAGCUGAUGUCUAUGUAAAUGAUGCAUUUGGGUCAUGGCAACCACACGGUUCAACAUUUCAUGUUGCUAAAUAUCUGCCCUCCUAUGCAGGUUUAUGUAUGCAGGAUGAGCUUUACCAUGUGCAAGCACUUCUUAGCCCCAACAGGCCAUUUGUUGCCAUUGUUGCUGGUGCCAAGUAUGAUACUAAGAUUGGUCCAUUGAACCAGAUAUACAAGAAAGUUGAUAAGUUAGUUCUGGGUGGGCUUAUUUAUAACACAUAUCUAUGUGCCAAAUAUGGAGUUAAAAUUGCUGGUGUAGAGGAUUCCGACAUUGAACUUGCAAAAGAACUAGUUGAACAGGAUAAAACAGAGAAAAAGAUUGUGGAGCUCCAGUGGCUAGUGGAAACUGAUACAUUGGAGGGUAGAUUUGAAGGGAAAUACAGGACAAUUAAUGUUAAGGACUUUGCUCCAGGCAAGACCUACAAUUAUGUAGUUGAUGUUGAUCCUAUUUCAUUUGAGUCAGAUGAAGUUGCGCAAGCAAUGAACUCAGCUAAGACAAUUUUUGUAAAUGCUGUGAUGGGACUCAUGCCCCAUUUCUGGCAUGGUACAAGCAAAAUGGAUGAGGUCAUUGAUAAAAACCGUGCGGCCCAAAAGUUCUUUGGAGGUGGUGAUACACUUCAGACAUUUAAAAGCCUUCAUCCUGUCCUGUAUCAAGCUGCACUGGACAAUGUUAAAUAUUAUUUGUUCACUGGAGGUGGUACGGUUUUAAAGGUUAUUGAGGAGGGAGAUCCAAUGGGGUUAGACACCGUAAAGGCUCUUAUCAGCAACAAAGCAAACUAUUUCAGUCAGAACUGUCAAACUAAAAUUGGUGACUCAGGAGUUCGCUGCUCAGGAGCAAGCACUCCAAGGUAAUCUUCAUGUUCAGUGCCUCUACGCCAAAGUUGUGGCAAACUACUUCUAAUGGAUCUUGGCCAUGUAAAGUUUUAUGUAGUGUAUGACUGUUUGAAACAAAGUAACACUUUUGUGUAAUAUUUUGUUAAAAGAGUUGGUUCAAUGCACGUGCAAUGCAAACUUUUAGCUUGUGUGUUAGUAAAAGCUACUUGGAAUGUAUUUGAGUGGGAAGCCAAACACUACCGAAAGAGAGAUGAUUUAGUGGUGGGAAACAGCAAUGGACUAGCCGUGAAUCUACAUCAAGAAGUAUUGUGACAUUUGCUUUAAUGAGUGCACUUAAAGAUUGAAAGGGAAGUGGGGGCUGGGUGAGGUGGUGGGAUGGCAUGUGUGAGAUAUAAGGGUGCUUGGAUAGAACAGAAGAGUUAAGUCUAAUAUAACACUCGACAUAUUUUGUUAUGUUUGAAAACGAAAACUUAUUUAAUGUACACAUAUUUUGAUAUGUUUGAGGACAAUCAAUAGCUUAUGUAUGUUAUCAUA